GAGACGAUUGACUCCUACUGCUACUUGGUUUGGGAGGUGCCAUGGGACAACUGAUCGCCAAGCUGAUGGGCAUCUUCGGGAACCAGGAACACAAAGUCAUCAUCCUCGGGCUGGACAAUGCAGGAAAGACCACCAUUCUCUAUCAGUUCCUGACUAAUGAGGCGGUUCACACGUGUCCCACCAUCGGUAGCAACAUGGAAGAGAUUGUUGUUCAGAAGACCCACUUCCUCAUGUGGGAUAUUGGGGGGCAGGAGGCUCUGCGCUCCAGCUGGAACGUCUAUUAUGCCAACACAGAGUUUAUCAUCCUCGUGAUUGACAGCUCAGAUCGGGAUCGGUUGCUGACUACUCGAGAGGAGCUGUAUAAGAUGCUGGCCCAUGAGGCACUUCGAGAUGCUUCAGUCCUGAUCUUUGCCAACAAGCAGGAUGUGAAGGACUCCAUGACCACGGCAGAGAUCUCCCAGUUCCUCUCUCUCAGCGCCAUCAAAGAUCACCCAUGGCACAUCCAAGGCUGCUGUGCUCUGACGGGGGAAGGGUCAGUGGCAACCCCCUCCUGCAGAACCUGGACCAUGCGUGGGAUGAUGGACCACAAGAUCUUGUCCUCUGUCAUUCCUCCUGUCAGAAUUUGGUUCCCUAUUGGCUCUGGCCUCAGUCAGAUGAGCACUUGUCCACAGCCUGGGUGCUGCUGCCUGCCCGGCUCCAGUGGAUGCAGUCUCAGGCCUCUGCUAAAUGAUGGCCCAGCCCCGGGCCCACUGGAAACUAUGGGCAUUCUGCACAGUUCAGUGUGGAUGAGAAACCCAAGUGACUUUUGUGCUUUUCUCUGAUUCACUGGUGGUUGCCGAGCAGCUAUGGACAGUUGUCACUGCCAACUGCCACAGAGGAGCGAGUCCACAGACCCUAAGUUGCUCUGGCAAAGUUGUCAUCCAUUCUACAACCUCAGUGUUCUGGAGACCCCAGGGGAGCUGCGGGGUGUGUUGGGGAAUGGGGAAGUGCAGCCCAGCACCCAGACAGGGAGGCACCUUUCACACCCUUUCACCCUUGCCUCUGUGGUGCUUACUCUGAUCAAAGGGCUUGAGCUUCGAGCUGCCAGGUGCUAUCCCUUCCCUUCCAGGGUCCUUCCCUGAGAACCCCACUCCUCCCAAGGGUUCCAGCUUCCUAUGGGGACUAUUUAUUUUGUUUGUCUUUGCACAUUGCAUUAGGAUUUUUUUUUAAGAUGCGAAUGUAGUAAUAAAUAUCGUUGAAAAUUGUU